AUGCCAGUCGACUUCGUUCCAAAGCACCCCCGUGAUAAUGCAAAGGGCUCCGUCGAGCGCUCCUGCCGUAUCUGUGGCAAGCGCCGCGGUGUCAUCCGUCAGUACCGUCUUAACAUCUGCCGUAGGUGCUUCCGCGAGCGCGCUGAACUCCUCGGCUUCAAGAAGUAUGAUUAA